AUGUCCACCAUUUACAACUUCAAGGCGAUGACCGUCGUCCCGACAUACAAGGAUUUCAUGGACAUCGUGCUUUCCAAGACGCAGCGUAAGACUCCCACUGUGGUGCACAAGGGUUACCAUAUUUCGCGUAUUCGCCAGUUUUACAUGCGGAAGGUAAAAUUCACCCAAAAAACAAUCAAUGAGAAGCUCACACAUGUUUUGUUGGAAUUUCCGCGCAUGGAUGACAUUCAUCCAUUUUACGGCGACCUUAUGCACGUGCUGUAUGAUCGUGAUCACUACAAGGUGGCACUGGGUCAAGUGGGGGCUGUCCGACAUAUGGUGGACAAUAUUGGCAGGGAUUAUGUGCGUCUGCUGAAGUACGGCGAUUCGCUCUAUCGAUGUAAGCAGCUGAAACGCGCCGCACUUGGACGCAUGGCAACUGCCUGCAAGAAACUUAGCAGUGCCAUGGUAUACUUGGAGAAGGUGCGACAACACAUGUCCCGUUUGCCAUCUAUUGAUCCAAACGCCCGAACGCUUCUUAUUACUGGGUUCCCGAACGUUGGGAAGUCAAGUUUUAUGAACAAAGUAACCCGUGCUGAUGUGGAGGUGCAGCCGUACGCCUUUACAACGAAGUCUCUUUUUGUUGGCCACACCGAUUACAAGUACACCAGUUGGCAAGUAAUUGAUACACCCGGUAUUCUUGACCACUCCCUUGAGGAACGUAAUGUCAUUGAGAUGCAGGCAAUUACGGCAUUGGCUCACCUUCGUGCGUGCAUUCUUUUUUUCAUGGAUCUUAGUACCCACUGUGGAUAUACAAUUGCCCAGCAGCUCUCGCUGUUUCAAUCCAUCGGGCCGCUCUUUACAGGAAAGCCGGUUGUUGUUGUUUUCAACAAGAGUGACGUAUGCACCAUUGAUGAUGUAUCAACAGAGGAGCAGUCUCUUAUCAUGAAGGCCAUUGAAGAGGCCGGUGCAAAGUGGAUCACAACCAGCACUCUAACCGACUUUGGCGUCGGGGACCUAAAGACGCUGGCAUGUGAGACACUACUGGUGCACCGCUCUGAGCAGAAGGAGGGCAGUGGGCGCUUUCAGGCGAUUCAGAACCGUCUUUACUGCGCUUUGCCUCAAAAACGAGACAAUAUGGAGCGACCAGCUUACGUUCCAACGUCGGUGAAAAAGGAACAGGAGGAAUGCGACGCAUCGGGCCCGGCUCGUGUUCGCCGAAAGACAGAGAGAGACUACGAGUGGGAAAACGGUGGACCAGGACGGUAUCAGCCCAAUGAACGUAAAACGUGGGACUUGGAGGAUCCAGAAUGGAACAGUGACAUCAUUCCCGACAUUAUGGAUGGUCACAACAUCUAUGACCACAUUGAUCCGGACAUUCACGAUCGACUUUUGGAGUUGGAGGCGGAAGAAGAUGCGCGUUUGCAGGAAGUGGAGAUGGAGGCUUCAAAGAAGCGCCCACAGUACGAGUUGGAUGACGCCACGUUGGAGGCAGUGCGCUUCAUCAAGGAAAAGGUUAAGGUGUUGAAAAUGGAGCGGGCGAUGAAGAACCCCGCCGUUCGUCGCACCAAACAACAGUCAGAUGCGAUUAAAAAGUUCAACGGGCGCACAGGUAGUCAGGACGCUCGUUCGGCAACACCUGCAGCUCCAGCUUCUACCGCUGGUAAAAAGCGGGGUCGUUCCAUCUCUGUUGCACAGGAAGCAAUCAUACGCGAUCGUUCCGGCUCAACCCACGUUUCUACGAAAACCACGCGUGGCAUUAGCUCUCGUUCCGCAAGCCGUGAGCGUUCCCUAAGCGUGAGCCGAGGGGAGGGCUACAGGGAUAUCAAUGAAAAGCUCCGUGCGGUGAAGCUCAGUAAGGUGAAGUCACGCUCACGCAACCGUCAGGGCAGGAAGGGCGAGGGUGAUCGCGACACACCAAACCUCCGUCCGAAGCAUCUCUUUACAGGAAAGGUAAAGGUGAACGGCAAACGCGACAGACGGUAG